GUUUUGUGUACUUGUGAGCUACUACAAAAAAAAAAACCUUAAAAAAUGUUUUUUAAAUUUUCAGUUUUUGUACUUUUCGCCGCUGGAUUCGUCCAAUCUGGUGUCUGGCAUGGCAUGUGGGGAGGUGAAUCCCAAUCUCAAUCCCAUCAUCAAUCCCAAGGUCAUCAAGGUCAUCACAUGUGGGGAGGUUACAGAGGAGUAGGAGGCCAAGCUCAAUCUCAAGCUCAAGCUCAAGGACAAAAAUGGGGAGGCAUGGGCAUGGGACAAGCUCAAGCUCAAGCUCAAGGACAAAAAUGGGGAGGCAUGGGCAUGGGACAAGCUCAAGCUCAAGCUCAAGGACAAAGCAUGGGAGGUAUGGGUGUAGCUCAAACCCAAGGCGUUGUCGUCCGCGGUGUCAGAACUAGAACUGUCCCCGUCGUCACCAAAGUUGAAUCCGGUUACACCGCUGGAUUCAACAAAGGUUUCGCCAACGGAUUCACCGCCGGAGUCGCUCGCUCUGAAUCUAGCCAAAAAGUCGUCAGUGGAUUCCCCACCGCUGUCUACAUGGGAUACCCCACCGUAGCUCACGUUUCCCCCGUCGUUCAAGAACCCGUAGUUGAACAAGUUUACGAAGUUGUCGACGGUCCCGUCGUAUCUGGAGUUGGUGCCAUGGCUGGAGCCGCCGCCGGAGGAGUCGGAGCUGGAGCUGGUGCCGCUGCCGCCGCUGGUGCCGGAGGAGUCGGAGCUGGAGCUGGUGCCGCCGCCGCCGCUGGUGCCGGAGGAGUCGGAGGUGGAGCUGCUGCCGCUGCCGCCGCCGGAGGUGUUGAAGCUGAAGCCGAAACUGAAGAAGCCGUUGUUGCCGAAUCUGGUGCCGCUGCUGGAGUCGUCGGAACUGGUUUCCAAGCCGUUCCCGCCACCAUGGCUUACCUACCCGUCAUGACCGUUCCCCACGUUGCUACCGUCGCUGGAGGUCAACAACAACAACAACAACAAGGAGGAGCCGGAGUCGGAGGACAACAACAACAACAACAACAACAACAAGGAGGAGCCGGAGUCGGAGGACAACAACAACAACAACAACAACAACAACAAGGAGGAGCCGGAGUCGGAGGCCAACAACAACAACAACAACAAAAACAAUCCAAAAAAGUCGUUAAAACCGUAACCACUAAAGUCGUUACUACCAAAAAACAAAAACAACAACAACAACAACAAGCUGGAGCCGUAGUCGGAGGUCAACAACAACAACAACAACAACAACACCACCUUGCUGGAUACCGUACUGCUGCCCCCGUUUACACCGGAUACGCCGGAAGAUACGUUGGAGCCGUUGCCGGAGCUGCUGCUGGUGCCCGUGGCCUAGUUUACUAAACGACUAAUUAGGAUAAAACUCUCAAAUGAUC